AUGAGCCAUUGGGACUCCAAACUAAAACAAAUCCGUCGAGCAGAUCUGAUCCAACCUUACAAGAAACAAAAAAGACACCACCGCUCCAGUUACGACAUCGAGAACAUGGCACCUUUCAUAUCCACCUCUACCUCAAGCAAGCAAUAUCUCGCGCCGCCCCCUGCGCCCUCACGCAAGCCCAGCCAGCGGUUGAUGCAAGUUCGUAACGACAUUGAUGACUUCCUCUCCUCCGAAGCGGACCUGGACCUUGAGCUCUCGUUUGCCUCGACCAUGUCGCUGCACUCGCCACAACGCGACACGGUAGACCUCGCCUCGGAGAACGACAACUCGAACUACGUCCCCAUGGACAUCUCGCCUGCGCCUCAGCGUAUCGCUCCUCCGAGCUUCAAGGACCAAGGCAAGCCUACCAUUGGUCGUCCAAGGGCCUUCACAAGCAGUGCGCGUUUGUUCGGCAAGGACAUGAGCAACGACAGCUCUUCGGCUUCCAGUCUGAAAUCUGUGGCCAAGUCAACUGACACCAGCGGGACGGGCAAGCGCCUGCAGCGUGCCGCUCUUCCCUUUGAAUGGAUGAGCUUUGGUCAAAACAACAAUGGCUACAGUCAGCCACAGAACAUUCCGUCUUCCCCAGCGGCCUCCGACGCGAUGGACAUCGACACUUCCUUCGUCUAUGUCCAAUCGUCCUCGGCGCCCCGGGAUGGCCCGCUCUCCGCUGCGCCCACGAUCACCGCUUUCGAUGAAAUGACAAGCGAGGCUGAGGUUUCUCAGGUGAUCGUUGUCGAGAGCCCAACCCAGCCUUUCCCAAAGAAACGUCGCUCCUUGUCGCCCGAAGAGGCCGCUAAUGAAGAAGCUGCUUUGGGUUUCUCCCCUGCACCAUCGUCGCCUGUGGUGCGCAAGCUUGAGCGCAUGGCCAGUGGUCCCCUCCUGCGAAAGCCAAUGCUUUCCGGCCUUGGUGCCCCUAUGGAGCUCAACGAGAACAAGAAGCGUCCCCGCCGCCCAGUAUUGAGUGCAAUGCUUACGUCGAGCGACGUUCCCAUCCUGCAGCCUCGUUCUGCCUACCCCGCGGAUGCUUAUGCUCACGGCGAGAAGGAAAAUGGGGCCACGAAGGCUCCGUCGUACGCACGCCAUGUGCUCCCGCCGGUGCGUCGCGCAUUCAGCGCGAUGCUUCCUCCGAACGUGCUUGACCAGUCGCUUGAGUCCGAGGAUGCGAGCUUCGAGGUGGAGGGCCCUGACAUGAGCUCACCUGCCCAAGCAUACGCGAAGCGGCAGCAAGUCAAGACAAUCCGCCGAUGCGACGGGACAGACGACUUCCGCCCCCUGACGGGUGCGACGGCGCUGAUGCGACGUGACACGGAGGCGAUGAAGGGCCUCAAGCGAAGCGAGGACCGCGAGGGCCGGUCGGGUCUCGGCAGCUUUGGCGACAAUGAGGCUUACGGUAAAAUCUUGCCCUGCCACCGCGUUAGGGAGGACGGAUUGAUGCGCGUCACCAGUGAGACUUUGGACAAACUCAUUGACGGUGUCUACGACUCUCAGCUUGCUUCGUUCUACAUAAUCGAUUGCCGCUUUGACUAUGAAUACAACGGCGGGCACAUUCCGGGUGCCAUGAACAUCAAUACCACGACGGGUGUCGAAGAGUUCUUGCUCGGCUCGAAUGCCAUCAAGCCCCUGCCUUCGAUCAGCGGCGACACGAGCAAGAAGACUGUCCUCAUAUUCCACUGUGAGUUCAGUGUUAAGAGAGCUCCUACCUUUGCUAAGCACCUUCGUUCCAAGGAUCGCGCGAUGAACAACCAUGUGUACCCGAAUAUCCACUACCCUGAGGUAUACGUCCUCGAGGGAGGCUACAAUCAGUACUUCCAGCGCUCCGCAACUCGCUGCCAGCCUAUGGGCUACGUGCAAAUGGAUGACCCUCACUACGCUGCCUCGCGCCGGGAGGACCUGGACCAGUUCCGCAAGGGCAAAUUCGGUCGAACCAAGUCGUACGCCUAUGGAGACGGUAAGCUUGUCUCCGGAGUGUCGGUGCAGCCCAAGAGGAACACUGCGCCCAGUGGGGGUACCACCGCUCUCUUCGCUGCGGCCAAUGCUGCCCGCACGAGGCGCGGCGGUGGCAGUGGCAGUGGUCUACAGAUGCUCAAGGAGGACAGCGUUACGAGCCAUCACACGGAUGACGAGGACACCGACAUUGGCGAUAGCCCCUGCCCGCCCCCUGCUAAAAGUGGUGGCGUCGUGUUCAAGGGCAAGAAGAUUGGUCGUCUUGCGAGAGCUGAGACUUAUGAUUCGGCUCGUUUAUCCGCGGGCUACUAA